AUGGGUAAUCAGUGCUGUAAAGAAGAAGCAAUUGAUUUCCAAGGUCAAGCCAAUCUCCGUCACUUUUAUUUACUAAGAGUGAUUGGAAAGGGUGCGUUUGGAAAGGUCCGGAUAAUCCAACACAAACAAUCUCGGAAAGAAUAUGCUCUCAAAUACAUAUCCAAGUCCAAGUGUGUCCAACUCAAGGUGGCGCACAAUGUGAUAUCCGAGAGACGGCUGCUAGAGCAUAUCCAUCAUCCUCUCAUAGUCAAUCUGCGAUAUGCGUUUCAGGAUGACGAGCAUGUAUUUAUGGCCCUGGAUUUGAUGCUAGGAGGCGACCUCCGUUUUCAUUUCGAUCGAUUGGGGGUCUUUACAGAACAUCAGGUCCGUUUCUUUGUGGCCGACAUUGCAUUAGCUCUCAUAUAUCUGGGAGAACAACGAAUUGGACACCGAGAUAUCAAGCCCGACAAUAUCUUGCUGGAUUCAAAAGGCCACGCCCAUCUCACGGAUUUUAAUAUCGGGACUCGAUUUGAUUCUCAACGUCCCAUGCGCUGGUCUCGAGUAGGAUCUUUGGCAUACAUGGCACCAGAGAUCCUUAAUGGGUCAGGGUACGAUACGACUGUAGAUUGGUGGAGUUUAGGUAUAACCGCAUACGAAUUACUAUUUGGAAAGCGUCCCUAUCGAGGCAUUAACAGCGAGGCUCUCUCAAACGCAAUUAUGGAGGACCCACUAUGCCUGCCCGUAGAUGCCUCUGCACGUUUUUCACCCGAGUGUUUACAAGUCAUCCAAGGUUUGCUUACAAAAUCUCCAAUCGACCGACUUGGUUGUGGACCGGCUGGCCCGCGUAAGUUCCUACAACAUGCUUGGUUUGCCGGGAUAGACUGGCGUGGUCUUGAAACAAAAACUGCUGUUUCACCAUUCAUACCAAAUAGCCAAGAAUCAAACUUUGAUGCAGUGCAUGCACUAGAAGAGUUACUUUUGGAAGAAGUACCCCUUAGACCAACAAAA